AUGUUGUCCUUAUUGAGUAGUUUCUGGGUGUCGAAAAUUUUUCGAACUCUGCAUCACAGAACGCGGUUUUCAAAUGUUUUUUCGGUGAGGAGGCUUUGUUCUUCUGGUGUGGUACUUACAAAUUCUGCUAUUAGUGAAUCGCCUGGGUUUAUUGAAGAAGGUGGGGAUAAAAUGGACGGUUCGAUAGAGAAAGGUAACGUGAUCCAACAGUGGAAACUUGAGUUUGGUAAUCAUGAAGAUGGAACUAAGGAGAGUCGUUCGUGGUCUGGUUCUCCAACCCGGAAGGGGACGUCUAAUGAGGAAGAGAGUCACCGUAGCCCGAGGCAUUCGUCUUCCUCUCUUCCGUUGGACUGGCCUCUUCAGAAAGUUGAGGAAUCACAUUUUGUCCGUUCUGAUGAUAUUCAUGGUGCAGAGAAACCCCAUUUGCAUGAGAUGAAAUUUGAGAAACACUGUUCAGAAAUUUCAGAGGUUGAGAUGAUGAAGGCAAGAUUUUCAAGAUUGCUGCUUGGAGAAGACAUGUCAGGGCGUGGAAUUGGGGUUUGCACAGCAUUGGCUAUUUCUAAGGGCAUUACAAAUCUCUAUGCUACCCUGUUUGGGAAAAUCUGGAAAUUGGAACCUUUAGAUCCAAUGAAGAAGGCGAUGUGGCGAAGAGACAAGGAAUGGCUUCUUUCUGUCAGUGAUCACAUUGUUGAGUUCACACCCGCUUGGCAGAAAUUUCCUGAUGGAAGCGAGGGUGAGGUCAUGACUUGCAGGCUCCGAGCAGAUCUUUAUGCUAAUCUCCCAGCUCUGCGUAAAUUAGAUGACAUGCUUAUUGAAACAUUAGAUAGUUUUGAAGAUACAGAGUUCUGGUAUGUCAACCAGGGGAUCCUAUCCCCUAAAGCAGAUGGCUCAUCCUCUUCCCCAGGACAUCUACAUCACCAAGAGGAAAAAUGCUGGCUACCUGUGCCUCAUGUCCCUCCCACUGGCCUCUCUGAAAAUUCAAGGAAGCACUUGCAGCAGAAACGCGAUUUCACUAAUCAAAUACGAAAAGCUGUCCGGGCCAUCAACAGCACUACUUUAGCUGAAAUGGAAGUCCCAGAGCCGUAUUUGGAAGCUCUUCCAAAGAAUGUAAGAGCUAGCUUGGGUGAUCUUAUUUAUCGAUAUAUUACGUCAGACCAGUUUUCCCCUGAAUGUGUCCUUAGCCAUCUUGAUUUCACCUCUGAACAAGCUCUUGAGGUUGCCAACAGAGUGGAGGCCUCAAUAAUUGUGUGGCAUCAAAGACACUACCCAAAACCCGUUAGUAUUAAAAGUCAACCCACUUCGAGGCAAUCAUGGAAAGCAGAGAAGGAGCUGAUGGCUGAUGCAGACAAGACAGAGUCAAUAGCAGAAAGGGCCGAGAGCCUCUUGUUUUGCAUUAAGCAGAGGUUCCCUGGCCUCCCACAGACCACCUUAGAGAUGAGUAAAGUCCAGUUCAACAAGGAUAUUGGGAAAUCCAUUUUAGAAAGCUACUCAAGAGUUUUGGAGAGCUUGGCAGCUGACAUUUUGGUUCGUGUCGAUGAUUUAUUAUAUAUGGAUGACUUGACGAAUCAGUUUUUGCCAAUCACUAGGGUUGGGGUGACUGCCCACGAGAGCAUUUCAAUUCCAUAUUUGCUGCCCGUCUCAAGCACUCCUAUUGAAACAGCUGUCACGACAUCAGGCGUUUCCCAGGGGCAGCAAGUUAUCCCUGCAAAGGCAGAGACAUCGCCAUUCUUCAAACCUAGCAAGCUUCUGCUUCGAGGGUUAAGCAAGAGAAAGCCCUCGACAGAUUUUCAGAAUACUGAGAGAAAAGGGAAAGACAAUGACAGUCACAUUGAGGGUUCAGAAUUGACUUCAAAAGCAACUGGAGAAGCGAUGGGUUUUCUUAGUACUGAGACAAAAGGGAAAGACAACAACAGUCCUAUGGAGGGUUCAGAAUUGAUUUCAAAAGCGACUGGAGAAGCAUCAGCGCCCCUAACUGGAUCAGAAUCUUUUGAGAUUUUGAGAAAAGCUAUUAGGCCUCCAUCACAGGGCUCAAUUCUGGGUCUAAUGGCUUCUGCUAGAACUUGGGGGAUCACCUACUUACAAUGAGAGCUAGGAAGCCUCUGGACCUCUAGUGAUAUCUGUCAAUGAUAAGUAAAAGACUUGGGGCGUUAUCCGCAUAAAACUCAGAUCUGCUGGUGGCGACAUGCAUUUUAUACUACCAAGAGAGGAGUUGGAUAGGUUAUUUUAUUGUUUUAAUAGUGUUUAAUGUACUACCAACAUGUUGACACCAUUAGCUUCUACUGUUGUACACAGGCCAGAAGAACAAUGGCAAAUGGCUGGUUGGGAUUUACCAUU